AUGCCUCUGCUGGAUGUUUUCUGGGCUUGUUUCAGGAAAGUGAUGUGCUUCCCGAAGCAGCAGGGGAGGAAGAAUGCUGAAGCUGAGGCCAAAAAAGCAUGUGAAUGGCUCCGAGCAACAGGAUUUCCUCAGUAUGCUCAGUUUUUUGAAGAAGGUUCAUUUCCCUUGGAUAUUGGCUCUGUGAAGAAGGACCACGGUUUUCUGGACGAGGACUCUUUGGGGGCCCUGUGCAGGAGGCUGAUGACCUUGAACAAUUGUGCCUCGAUGAAACUGGAGGUUCAUUUUCAAUCCAAGAAGAAUGAAGACUCAGAAGAGGAAGAGCAGUGUACCAUCAGCAACCCCUGGUCCUUGCAGCGAGAAAGUAAAUGCUGGUCUCUCAUGGGCUCUUCUGACCUGCUGGCCCCACCGAGCCUUGGACUGCCAGUGACCUCCAGCUGUGAGAGUGUCCUCACUGAGCUUAGUGCCACCUCUCUGCCGGCCAUCACCGUGAGCCUACCAUCCAAUCCAGUGGACCUGCCCUUGCUAGGCUGUGCCCCUAGCCCAAGUGACCAGCCCCUCCUCAGCCCUACCCAGGGCCCAGAGGGUUCCCAGAACAAGGCCAAGAAGCUGCAUUCCCGUAGUUUCCUCAAGCACCUCGAGUCUCUGAGACGGAAGGAAAAGGGUGGCAGCCGGCAAGCUGAGCCAGAGCAUAGCCCAGUAACUUCAGAAAAGGCCAUUAAAAGUUCCUCUUUCCGGAGCCGCCGUGGCUUUCUCUCAGCUGGGUUCUAUAGGGCCAAGAACCAGGCAGACACCUCAGUCAGUGGCAGUGGUGCUGAGACUCAGAGUGGCUGGGAGGUCUGGCCUAUGGCCAUGCUCCGGCAUCCUCAGCAGAUACACAGGGGUGACUACCUGGUGCAUGUGCCUGGGGACCACAAACCAGGUACAUUCCCUCGCUCCCUGUCCAUUGAGAGCCUGUCUACUGAAGACGGACACCAUCUGGCUGAUUGGCAGCUAGGUAGGCGUUGGGGCUGCGAAGGACGCCGGGGCUCCUGUGGCUCCACAGGCAGCCAUGCCAGCACAUAUGACAACAUGCCUGAGCUAUACCCAGCUGAGCCUAUACUGGCUGGGGCUGAGGCCGAAGAUGAAGAAGAGGGCAGCGGCAGCUAUGCCCAUCUAGAUGACAUCCUCCAGCAUGUGUGGGGGCUGCAGCAACGGGUAGAACUUUGGUCUCAGGCCAUGUACCCAGACCUGGGGCCUGGAGAUCAGGAAGAGAAAGAAGAUGAAGAAGAAGAGGCCACUUCAUUAGUAGAAAUAGCCACAGUUGAGGUAGAAGGUCAGCCUGAGGCUCUGGUCCAGGUAGAGGCUCUGGCCCAUAAAGAGUCCUCAGCUCUGGGCCAGGUUGAUGUCCAGACAGUUGUCCCAGUUCAGGCCUCACCGGAACUCCAGGCACAAGCUGAGGCCAAGCCACUUGGCCCAACCCAGGAUAUUGGGCAGGAGGCAAAUUCAAGCAGGGAACCCACUUCUGCCUCUAGCCUAUCUGUGGAAGAGCACUCCAUUUCUGACACUGUGGCCUCCUCCAGCGAACUGGACAGUAGUGGGAACUCCAUGAAUGAGGCUGAGGCUUCAUGGUCCCCGGUUGGACUCCAGGCAUCAGCACCCCGUGAACGACGAGAUUCAGGCGUUGGGGCCUCACUUACCAGACCCUGCAGGAAGCUCCGUUGGCACAGCUUCCAGAACUCUCAUCGGCCCAGCCUCAACUCGGAGUCACUGGAGAUCAACCGGCAGUUUGCCAGCCAGAUCCACCUGUUGCACAAGGGCUCCCUACUGCGGCUCACAGCCUUCAUGGAGAAGUACAGUGUGCCCCAUAAACAGGGCUGGGGCUGGACAGUUCCCAAGUUCAUGAAAAGGAACAAAACCCCAGAUUACCAGGGCCAGCAUGUGUUUGGGGUGCCACCUCUCAUCCAUGUGCAACGCACAGGCCAGCCAUUGCCACAGAGCAUCCAGCAAGCCAUGCGCUACCUGCGCAGCCAGUGUCUGGACAAGGUGGGCAUAUUCCGCAAGUCUGGAGUGAAGUCUAGAAUCCAGAUCCUGCGCCAAAUGAAUGAGUCCUCUCCUGACAAUGUCUGCUAUGAGGGCCAGUGUGCCUAUGAUGUGGCUGACCUGCUGAAGCAGUAUUUUCGAGACCUACCUGAGCCUAUCUUCACCAGCAAGCUCACGACCACUUUCCUGCAGAUCUACCAGCUCCUCCCCAAGGAUCAGUGGUUGGCAGCAGCGCAAGCUGCCACUUUACUGCUUCCUGAUGAGAACCGAGAAGUGCUGCAGACCCUGCUCUAUUUCCUAAGUGACAUUGCCUCUGCUGAGGAAAACCAGAUGACAGCCGGCAACCUGGCAGUGUGUCUGGCACCCUCCAUCUUCCACCUCAACAUCUCCAAGAAGGAUAGCCCCUCACCCAGGAUCAAGAGCAAACGCAGCCUAGUUGGUCGUCCAGGCUCGAGGGACCUGAGUGAGAACAUGGCGGCCACCCAGGGAUUAUCACAUAUGAUCAGUGACUGUAAGAAACUUUUCCAGGUACCCCAGGACAUGGUGCUGCAAUUGUGUGGCUCCUACAGCGCAGCUGAGCUCAGACCUCCUGGCCCAGCCCUGGCUGAGCUGCGACAGGCCCAGGCUACUGGUGUGAGUCUGAGCCUCUACAUGGAAGAGAGUGUUCAGGAGCUGCUGCGUGAUGCUGCUGAGCGCUUCAAGGGCUGGAUGAGCGUGCCAGGGCCCCAGGACACGGAACUAGCUUGCAGGAAAGCACCAGACGGGCACCCCCUGCGUGUGUGGAAGGCAUCCACAGAGGUGGUGGCCCCUCCAGCGGUGGUGCUACACCGUAUUCUGCGGGAACGGGCCCUCUGGGAUGACGACCUGCUGCGAGCCCAGGUCCUGGAGGCCCUGAUGCCGGGUGUGGAACUAUACCACUAUGUCACCGACAGCAUGGCACCCCAUCCCUGCCGUGACUUCGUGGUGCUUCGGAUGUGGCGUUCUGACCUGCCCCGCGGGGGUUGCUUGCUUGUCUCCCAGUCCCUGGAUCCUGAGCAACCUGUGCCAGAGUCUGGGGUGCGGGCCCUGAUGCUCACUUCCCAGUACCUCAUGGAGCCUUGUGGCUUGGGUCGCUCCCGGCUCACCCAUAUCUGCCGUGCUGACCUAAGGGGCCGGUCUCCGGACUGGUAUAACAAAGUCUUUGGGCACCUGUGUGCCAUGGAAGUGGCAAAGAUCCGGGACUCCUUUCCUGCCCUGCAAGCAGCUGGACCUGAAACAAAGUUGUGA